UAUCAACGCUUACUGCUAAAGCGAUAAGGAUAUGGUAGAUAAAUUGGUUAACAAAUUUGAUUAACACCAUUAACUAAAAUUGAAAGAUGUACAAGCCUCAACCACUGAUUAACCAUGAGGACGACGUCGAGCAGGUUUCGAACAGGAAUUCGCAACGAGGAAACGUGUAUGCGGUGCAAAUGUUCCUUCUAUCAACAUUCCUGUUGCUAUUUAUAGCCGGUUCCGCUUUUCAUCCAAAACCUUUUGCACUCAAGUCCAAACUUCCACGUGAUGAUACGAUAUAUAAUUGCAACAUAACACUAGUGGAAUCCAUACCCAUUGGUCUAAACUAUUCGCCCAACAGUCCGAAGUUCAUCAGCACCAUUGAGGCGUGGCAAAAACUUUUGGAUGCUGGAAAAACUUCAUUGGACAUUGGCUCUUUUUACUGGACAAUGCGUAGCGAUGAUUUGGGCUUCAAUGAUAGCAGCGCAAAGCCCGGAGAGGAGAUAUUUCAGCGUCUGCUGGACAAUGGCAACGGUGUGGGUUCAAAGAUUAAGAUACGUAUUGCACAGAGCGCCCCUUCAAACGUUUCUCCGGAUGUGGAUACGCAAAUCCUGGCCACCUAUGGAGCUGCCGAGGUAGUUACUCUUGAUUUUCCCAAGUACUUUGGCAGUGGCAUAUUACACACAAAACUCUGGAUUGUGGAUGGUCAACAUUUCUAUUUGGGCAGCGCCAACAUGGAUUGGCGUGCCCUAACCCAGAUCAAGGAGAUGGGAGUCUUGGGCCAGAAUUGUCCACAAUUGACCGCCGAUUUGGCUAAGAUAUUCAAAGCAUACUGGUAUUUGGGUAGCAAUCCCGAUGCGCGCAUACCAAGCUCUUGGCCCUAUGGCUACAAUACCAACUAUAAUGCGGAACAACCCAUGCUAUUGAAUGUAAAUGGAAGAUACAUUAUGAAGGGCUAUGCAUCCAGUUCCCCGCCUCCACUCUGUGCAUCUGGACGCACCAACGAUUUAGAUGCCAUUCUAAAGACGAUUAACACAGCCCUUAAAUUUGUGCACAUUUCUGUUAUGGACUACUUUCCAUUGAUCAUGUUUGAAUCGAAGAUUAAAUAUUGGUCAGCGAUUGACAAUGCAUUGCGUACAGCAGCCGUAGAACGUGGAGUAGCUGUUAAGAUGCUCAUCUCUUGGUGGAAGCAUUCCGAUAAGCGUAUGGACAACUAUUUGCGCUCGUUGCAAGAUCUCACCAUGGCCAAUCAUGUGGAUAUACAAAUUCGCCGUUUUAUUGUGCCCACUGAUAAGCAGCAGGAGCAGAUACCCUUUGCCCGCGUUAAUCACAAUAAGUAUAUGGUCACCGAUCAGGUGGCCUACAUAGGUACAUCCAAUUGGUCGGGCGAUUAUUUUGAAACCACAGCGGGCGUUGGUUUGGUCCUGAAAGAUUCGUUGCCGCAAAUGUCGAAUUCCAUACGCAAGGAUUUGGAAAGCGUUUUUGAUAGGGACUGGAAUAGCACAUAUGCUCACAUAUUAAUCUAGGCUAACUGCCCAAUCGUUGCUCUUUAUAUCAUUCAAGUUUUGUAGUUUGUUAACAGUAUUUUGCUUAUGGCUCUGCAC